AUGGUGGCUCAGCGCAAACUCAACAUUCACUACAAUGACUCCAGCAAGUUCACUGCAAAACUCGUGGUCGAUUCCAAUUGGCCUUUCACAGGGUGCCAAGGAGUGAAGGACGCUCGUGUUAUCGCUGGAACCGUGACCUGCUCCUUCGAGCCAAGGGUCCAGGACGUUUCAGACGGCAAGCGCUUCAUCUACUACAAGCUUGCUGACGCCGAGCUGCACAAGAAGCUCUCCAAGAGUGUCUUGGCGGCUGCUCACAUUGACCUUGCCGUUCUGAACGAUCAUGCCGAGGUUUACUUUACGAAUCCGCAGUCGGUGUCGCUGUUGGCAUGGUUGUCUUCGUCGCCAACUUGCCUCGAGUUCAAGCUGAAGGCCUUCGCUGCUGAUGUCCACCAUGGCCUGGACUUCUUUGACCGCAGUGCCAGCCCCCUAUCUGACUUCUGGCUGGCGCACAGGGACUCUGUGCUUGGCGAGCGGAAUCGCGAGGUGGCCCACAAGGAUGUGAUGGCCAAGAUCGGCUUCGUUGUUCAUAAAGAGAUGACUUUGCUGGAUGCCCUGAAGGAGAAUACGAAAGCCUAUUGGAUCAGAAGGGCGGCAUCUCUCGAAGUCCAAGUCAAAGAUGCAGAUUUCAUGCUGAGGAACGUUACGUGGGAGCUGAAGCGAGCUCGCACUCUGGCAGGCUUGCCGCCAGAUACUCCUGUUCCUGGUGUCUUGGCUACUGUCCCGGAAAGUGUCCCUAGUCCGGAUGGCGACACGUCCGAAGCUUCCCUCGCAGUCGCGGUCGAUACGACAAUCACGGUCGAUACGGCGGUCGCG